CGUGUCAAUAUCUUAAUAUCCAGUAUCCACUUUUGCAAACUGUGUAAUACCAUCACGUCUGCGUGGAUGACUUUACCCACUCUCUCAGCGACUUGUGAUUGCCUCCAUGAGUGCUAAAUAUUAACAUCCUCUUCAUCGUGGAUGUGAUUGUAUUCCUGCUCCCAAUCCAUCAACAUCAAGACUCGCAGACUCUCAACUUCCAGUCCUGCUAGGAAGUUCAUUUGACCAGUAUGAAUAUCUUCAGGUUAUCAGCUGAUUUUUCUCAUUUAAUAUCCAUCUUCAUCCUUUUGCAUAAGAUGAAGUCUUCUAGUAGCUGCUCUGGUUUAUCUUUCAAAUCACAAGUUUUGUAUCUGCUGGUCUUUCUCACACGCUAUCUUGAUUUAUUCUGGACUUUCACCGACUCCUUAUACAACACCACCUUUAAAGUCCUGUUCAUCUGCUCAUCCGCUUACAUUAUCUACCUAAUGCUCAACGAUUACAAACCUACCCGAGAUCCCAAUUUGGACACAUUUAAAGUCCAAUACCUUCUAGGGAUCAGUGCUAUCUUGGCCGUCCUAUUUCCACAUGAUUACAGCGUUUCGGAGAUACUCUGGACCUUUUCCAUAUGGCUUGAAUCCGUCGCUAUCCUUCCACAGCUUUUUAUGCUCCAGCGCACCGGAGAAGCAGAUACUAUCACCACACAUUACCUCUUUGCCCUGGGACUCUACCGCGCUCUUUAUAUACCUAAUUGGAUUUACCGUUACUUCGCAGAGAACCGCUUCCAGCCGAUACCCGUCGUUGCAGGUAUAGUCCAGACACUCCUGUAUUCGGACUUUUUCUACAUCUAUUACACAAAGUGAGGUAAUGAAAGGGAAAAAAUUCUCCCUCCCCGUCUAAGUUGCGACAGGACAGUUCAGGCGGUUGGUGAUCUAGCCGAUACAGAAGGGUAGAAGCAAGAUUUUCCCCCUGAUUCCGAUGAAUGAAUCAGUUCAUAUUACUCUGAACAGAUCAUGUGUGCCCUACAUCAUCCUGUAUGUCUGUCAUUAGAAGCCCUUUGAAAGCAUAAGCGUGUUAGAUAUGUAUUGUAUACAUCAUUUUACAAG